AUGCAGGCGGGAGAGAAAAUGCAUGUUGUGCAGCAGUUAGAUCCUCUGGAGCAGCCAGAGCUCCAUUACCCCUGUGAAAGCUCAAAAUUUGGAGAACCGGAAGUCCUGACGAGCCAUAUGUGCAGUGCACCGAGCACAAAUGAUUUUCGGCUGGUUGAAGGACCACCUGAGUUCUUCCUGGCUGCGAAUCCUUCGGCGAAGCAGCUAGAGGCUUUCAAGGCUUUCACGGAGAAUGCUAGGGUGACCAGAAGUGAGUUCUGCAGGAAAAUUCAGACUGAGAGCACCGUCAUAGAUGGAGAAACCGACUCGUCUGCAUCAGCCGAAGCCAAAUCUACCUUCCUCAGCCGAACCCUCAGCAGGCCUAUGAAAGGCAGGGAGACACGUGCGGCCGCAACAGUCCCGGAGCAGAUACCGAGACCUGCAGAAGACAGCUGUGCAGUACCUACUGCAACACCGGAAAUGCCAGGUUCCGAAGAUGCAUAUCCUGAGGUGCCCGAGUUAGCGGGUAGCACUCGGCUCCUGCGUUACUUUCAAGGCUUCGAUUAUGAUGUCACAGCUGCCAGCAAUGCCUAUCGACGCCACAUGAAAUGGAGGGAAGAAAUGAAUCUUACCUCCAAAAACAGGAGGACAGUUGUGGAGUCGAUGUUGUUGCCUAUGAGGCCUGAAGCCUCCCCAAAUCAUGCGGCCGUCACUAGGUUUUUCCCCACAAAUCCUGUGUUACGCCGUGACGAAGGCAAAAGCCCCGGUCUCACAAUCUGCGCUGCAGCAGCGGCUGCAGCUAGUGCGCUAGGGGGAGGAAACAGUUUGCUUGUAGCCCUCAGCGACAAGGCGUUAGACUCAGUGAUCCUAGAUAAGCAAGGGAACAUAAUUUCCAUAGAGCGGCCAGGGCUAUUAGACGUAAGUGGCCUAUUCUCGGUGGUCUCGGAGAACGAUUUCCUACGGUGGCAUGCUUCAAUUUUGGAGUUUCGCUGCAUGCUGCUUGAUGUGCUGUCUCGUAAGUUCAACAGAAUGGUUCGAAUAACUUCAAUAAUCGAUUUGCAGGGGCUCUCCACCCGGAUUUUGAAUCGGCGAGCCCUGAAUUUGCUUAGAAAGACAAUUAGCUCGGCGAGUGAGAACUACCCGGAAUCCAUCGGUACUAUGUAUUUCAUCAAUGCACCACGGACCUUUUCAACUCUUUGGUCGGCUAUUCGCGGGUGGCUAAGAGAGAGAACCAUCAACAAGAUCAAACUCUUGAGCAGCGACGCGGAAAGUGUCUUGGUUCGGAACGUUGGAGGUUAUGCUCUUCCCCCCUCUUUGGGUGGCACUUGCACCUCUGCAAUGGCUGACUUUCCUCCACUAGACACAGAUUUAGGUCCAGGAAGCAUGAUACUGAAUGUGGGGGCGAGGCGAUGUAACCAAGCUAUGGAGCUUGUGCCCCAAAAAUCUGUAGUUGAGUGGGUAUGGGUAGCUGAAGACUUUGAUGUGGGAUUCAGCGCAAUUUGGAGGUCUCAGUCAGGGAGUGAGAGCAUUCUCGAGGAGCACCGCAAGUACCCUGCUCGCAAGCGAGUUAGUGGUGUCGUCACGGCGGAACAGGAGGGCACCUUAAUCCUCUCAUUUGACAAUUCAUGGGGAUUGAUUUCUUCUCGACGUGUCCGAUACAAGAUUGAAGUCACGCCAGCUACACCAGCUGGAGUUAUCAUGCGCAGUAGCUCAGAUUCCUCGAGCGUUGCGUGA